CUGUGUGAAGGAGGUUGCAUGACACAUACCCGUUAUAAGUGGUAGUUGAGCUCGGAAGACGGAUCCAUUUCAGUCACAGGGGUGUUCGUGCGUACAGAGCGUCUAAGAGCAACACUUCUGCGCCAUGACCGAGCGGGAUAUCACCGCUUUCACACUCCUACCGACGAGCACCGAGCAGAAAGAUCCAAAACAUAACUCUCUGCAAAAGCUUUACUGUAGGAAUGGAGGAUACCAUCUCCGGAUCCAACCCAACGGGACUGUGGACGCAAGUCGACAAGACAACGACGUUUACACUCUUUUAAAGGUAAAAGCAGUCAAAGCAGGAUUAGUGGCCAUUAGGGGUCAUGAGACUGGACUGUACCUGGCAAUGGACAAAUAUGGAAAACUUUAUGGCACUGUCACAUUGAACGAUGAGUGUUACUUCAUUGAGAAGAUAGAGGAGAACCACUACAACACAUACCGCUCGCAGAGGUAUCAGGAGAAUGGAGACUGGUACGUGGGGAUCAAGAAGAAUGGAUGGGCAAAAAAUGGCUCUAAAACACACAAGGGCCAAAAUGCAAUCUACUUCCUGCCAAUUCCAGUGGAUGGCAGCAUACAGUAACUUGUGGGCCGAUCAGAGGCCCUCAAAACAACCCAAGCACUAUAAAAAACUUUAAAUUUCCAAGUAAAUGCGAAGACAAUGCUUAGUUAGUGGUAUGUUUAGAUAUAUAUAUAUAUAUAUAAAAUUAUAUUUAUUUUUAUAUUUUUUUGUUUUUGUUUUUUUGUUAUUACAUGUGAAUGUAAAGUAAGAUUUUUUUAAAGAACAAUAUUGUAUUGUUUUCAAAAAAUACAAGUAUUUUCAUAUUAUUGGAGCCUUUAAAUAUAUAUA